CGAACUGUCACUGUCACAACACAAAUCAGCUGAUUGCACAUCAACAAAUAGAAGGACAGGGACAGCGUUCUUUUCGACAGUUUUAGCGGUAGUCGAUAAUUUAUCUAUUGUGAAAUCGUUAUAUUAUGUUUAAGCAAAUAACCUUUCUACUUCUAAUUAUAACUGCAGUCGAAAAGAGUUAUCAGAGAAAACCAAAUGUGCUAUUCAUCAUUGUGGAUGAUUUGAGACCAUCUCUGGGCAUAUACGGGGAUGAUAACGCUCGUACGCCUAAUAUUGAUGCUUUGGCCAAAAAGAGUGCCGUAUUUACAAAUGUCUUUGCACAGCAAGCAUUAUGUGCUCCCAGUCGAAAUUCGUUCCUAACCAGUCGCCGACCUGACAGCCUUCACCUCUAUGACUUUAAUAGUUACUGGCGCGAUGUUGCUGGAAAUUUUACGACUAUUCCGCAAUUAUUCAAAGAAAAUGGUUACUAUACACAUUCAAUUGGAAAGGUGUUUCAUCCAGGGAAAUCAUCAAAUUUCACUGAUGAUAGUCUAUAUAGUUGGAGUCGGUCGCCAUACCAUCCGCCUACUGAAAAAUAUAAAAACGCUAAAGUGUGCGUGACAAGAAAUGGACUGGCACAGAACAUAUUAUGUCCAGUGAUUGUGAAUGAGCAACCGGGUGGCUCGUUACCUGAUUUGGAAUCAUUGAGCGCUGCAAAGGACUUUUUAAAGUACCAUAAGCAAAUUUCGACUUUACCGUAUUUUUUAGCGGUUGGAUUUCAUAAACCUCACAUACCUUUGAAGUUCCCCAUUGAAUAUUUAAGAUAUCAUCCUUUUGAAAAUGUGAAAAUACCACCCAAUCACUUCCGUCCUCCUGGACUUCCAAAUGUAGCUUGGAAUCCGUGGAUAGAUCUUCGCGAGAGAGAUGAUAUCAAGGCGCUAAAUGUUAGUUUUCCUUUUGGAAGUCUUUCAGACUACACAAUAAAGCGCAUAGUGCAACAUUAUAAUUCUGCAGUUACUUAUAUUGAUGAUCUUGUAGGCGAACUACUCCAAAAUAUUGAUAAAAACACCAUUGUUGUGAUUCUUGGUGAUCAUGGUUGGUCUAUGGGUGAACAUGGUGAAUUUUCUAAAUACAGCAACUAUGACAUCGCAACUAAAGUACCACUCAUCAUUAGAGUACCUGGUGUAACCAAUUUUCAGAGAAUCAUUCCUCAACUUGUAGAACUGGUUGAUUUAUUUCCUACGCUUGUGGAUAUAACCAACGUAACUCGAAAUUUGGGGACCUGCUCAGUUGAUGGUGCUAAUUCACAUUUGUGCACUGAAGGAAGAAGUUUGGCUCCUUUAAUAUCCCCAACCUUCAACUUAAAAGCCACUCCAUGGAAAACGGCAGUUUUCACCCAAUAUCCUAGGCCAGGUGAAUAUCCUACUUGGAAACCUAACAGCGAUAGUCCCAAAUUAAAGGAUAUAAAUAUUAUGGGUUACUCCAUUAGGACAGAUCAGUAUAAGUAUACAGAAUGGAUCAGUUUUGAUCAUAGGAAUUUUUCUGCUGAUUGGAAUAAGAUUUUUGGACAGGAAUUAUAUGAUCAUUAUCUUGAUCCAAAUGAAAAUUUAAAUUUAGCAACUAGACCUGAAAUGAAUGAAACUGUAUACCUUUUAAGAAAGCAGCUUAGAUUAGGUUGGAGGCAUGUUUAAACCUUCUCAUAGUACAGGUACCUACACUACUAAAUUUUUGCAUAUUUAGAUAAUUGUUUGAAUAAUAAUAUGUGUAGAUUAACUCGCAGAAUAAAGGGAUACCGUAAU